AUGGCUUCCACCUUUGCCUUCGCCAUGAUGGUCCCGUUCGCGUGCACGCUCGCGCUGUGCCCGUCCCUCGCGCUGGCGGCUGAUGCGUGUACUACUGGCAGCGGGUCCAAUCUGACUACAUGCUCGCCUGGGUAUGCCUGUCAGACCCUGAAUGAUACUUCUAUAUGCGUUAUUGAUCAGCAUACGCCUUCGAACAAGACGCCAAGCAAAGCGGUCAUCCACACCGAAGUCGCGAACAUCGCGCCCGAAUGGGCUGCCGCUUAUGCAAAGGCGAAACCGGUAGUAGCCAAUUUAUCGAAUACUGACAAGUCCAAUCUGGGGACAGGUCUUGGUCAGAUUGGAGGACCCUGCAUCGGGACGACGCCCUCUAUCUCCGCCAUCCAUAACUUCUCCGGACUCUGCUUGCAAGACAGCCCUGUCGGCGUGCGUUUCGUUGACGGUAAUUCGGUGUUUCCUGCUGAGAUCAAUGCGGCCGCCACAUGGAACCGAACUCUGUUUCGCCAGCGGGGCGCCGCCCUGGGAGCAGAGUUCCGCGGCAAGGGGGUGAACGUCGCCCUUGGACCUAUGAUGAACCUCAUGCGGGCCCCGGCGGCUGGGCGCAACUGGGAAGGAGCGGGAGGCGAUCCCUUCCUGACUGGAGAAGUGGCGUAUGAAACUGUCAUCGGUAUCCAGAGCCAAGGCGUUCAGGCCUGUGCGAAGCAUUACAUCAACAACGAGCAGGAACAUUUCCGUGACAGUAGCUCUUCGAAUGUCGAUGACAAGUAUCAACAUGAGUUAUAUGCGCAUCCCUUCCUUCGUAGCGUGCAAGCAAACGUUGCCUCCGUGAUGUGUAGCUACAACCAGAUCAACGGAACAUACGCAUGCGAGAAUGACAAGACGCUGAAUGGCAUUCUGAAGGGUGAGCUCGGAUUCCAGGGCUAUGUCAUGUCCGACUGGUAUGCCACCCACUCGACCACCCCCGCUGCGAAUGGUGGACUCGACAUGACCAUGCCCGGAGACGAGUUCUUCGCGUCGUUCAGCAGUUACUUCGGCAGCAACUUGGUCAAUGCCGUCACAGCAGGGGAUGUGCCCCAGGAGCGCCUCGACGAUAUGGCUACGCGUAUCCUUGCGGGAUGGUACUUACUCGGCCAGGACUCGGGGUACCCGGCGGUCAACUUCAAUUCCUGGCUACCCUUCCUAGGCGACCACGUCAAUGUCCAAGCGGACCAUGCAAGCCUCAUUCGUACCAUUGGAGCCGCUUCCGCUGUCUUACUGAAGAAUGAGAAAAACACGCUUCCUCUCGGCGCACCCAAAACUAUGGCAAUCGUCGGUACUGGUGCUCGGUCCGCGAUCGUGGGUCCGAAUGAGUGUCUCGACCACAGUUGCAAUGAUGGCGUCCUUGGCGUUGGCUGGGGAAGCGGCACCGCAAGCUACCCAUACAUUACUGCGCCGCUUGAUGCCAUCUCUGACCGCGCGAAGGCUGAUGGCACGAGCAUCUCUUCCUGGACUUUGAGCGACGAUGCGAAUCUAUCUCAAGACACUGCAACUGGCAAGGAUGUCGCCCUCGUUUUCAUCACGGCUGAUAGCGGUGAGGCAUCAUACACCGUUGAAGGCAACGCAGGCGAUCGCAAUGACCUACAGGCUUGGCACAGUGGCGAUGAUAUUGUCGAGCAAGUGGCUAGUGUCAAUAACAACACAAUCGUCGUGAUCAACAGUGUUGGGCCAAUCAUUGUGGAUGCUUGGAUCGAAAAUCCUAAUGUGACGGCUGUGAUCUGGGCAGGGCUUCCUGGACAAGAGGCAGGAAACGCGCUCACCGACGUUCUCUACGGCGACGUGAACCCAAGCGGCAAGAUCCCGUUCACAAUUGCGAAGCAAGAACCUGACUACUCCGCUCGCGUGAUAUACGAUGGCUCCGGGACUGUCCAGAUCAACUACACUGAAGGUCUCCUUGUUGACUAUCGCCACUUCGACGCAAACAACAUCGAGCCCCGUUUCGAGUUCGGCUUCGGUCUGUCGUACACAACGUUCGCAUACUCCGACUUGGCGAUCAGCGGCUCUACUGCCGGUGGUUCCCGUCAAGCCCUGGGACCCGGGUCUUCCCUCGACCCCUGGCUCCAUGAUCCCGUCGUGAACGUAUCGUUUACCGUUACCAACACCGGAUCGAAGGCGGGCACUGAGGUCGUGCAGCUUUACACCUCUCCGCCCGCAUCCGCGAACCAGGCGCCGAACAAUCUGAAAGGCUUUGACGCAGUCUUCCUCAAUCCCGGAGAGUCCAAGACUGUCACCCUUCAGCUGUCCCGUUACGAUUUCUCCGUCUGGGAUGUCGUCUCUCAAAGUUGGCAGAUCGCUACUGGGGAGACUGGCAUUUCCGUGGGUGCAAGCAGUAGGGACUUGAGGCUCAAGAGUUCUAUCACCAACUGAAGUGGCCUCCGACCCUGCGGGAAGGAACAUUUGCCCUUUAGGGAACGCUCCUAGCUACUUCUGUAACUUACUUUUUGUGACCGAUCUUGAUCUCGACUGGUUUGUGGACAGAGUUAGUCUCGUGUCGUUAGCGCAGGGAGAUAUGAAGCUAUA